CUUGUUUGUUGUGGCCAAUGGCAGCUGUCGGAGAGAAAUUAGAAGCAGAAACUCAAGGUUUGGUUCAAAAAAGAUGACACAGAGCCUGUCGGGCUGGACCACUCUUGGCAAAGUUUCAGUGUGACAUCUAUACAAACCAGGACCUUACAUGGAUCUACUGUAAAAAAGGAAGGGAGCGUUUUUUAUAGGGGAAAUCUUGCCGGGCGUUUUUUUUUUUCCCUCUCUCUCCCCUCUCCCCCCCGAUUGAGCCAAUAUUUCUAUUCACCAAGGAUGGAUCAGCCAACGAACACGCAGACACCGCAUCAACACGAACCCAUCAGCUUCGGGAUUGAUCAGAUUUUAAAUAGUUCUGAUCAGGAGACCCCUUCCCAGCCCGCCCCCCGAGGAUCAGACGGCGGCACCAAUUACCUGGGCAGCCCCGUGAGCAGCAGAAGCAGCGCCCCGUACCCUUCCCUCCCCGGCGCCUUUGCUGGCAUCGGGGCUCCCUUCGAAGACUCUGGAUCUUACAGUGUGAAUCUCAGCUUGGCUCCAUCUGGCGUGAUCCGGGUGCCAGCGCACAGACCCAUCCCUGGGGCAGUGCCACCUCCAAUUUCUAGUGCCAUUCCAGCCAUGCCAGCUGUACCCAGCCUUGGCAGCCUCAACUUCCCUUGGAUGGAGAGCAGCAGGCGGUUCGUCAAAGACAGAUUCACAGCGGCGGCGGCUCUGACGCCCUUCACGGUGACGCGGAGGAUCGGGCACCCCUACCAGAACCGCACUCCGCCCAAGCGCAAGAAGCCGCGCACCUCCUUCUCGCGGGUGCAGAUCUGCGAGCUGGAGAAGCGUUUCCACCGGCAAAAGUACCUGGCCUCGGCCGAGAGGGCGGCGCUCGCCAAGUCGCUCAAGAUGACCGACGCCCAAGUCAAGACCUGGUUUCAGAACCGCAGGACCAAGUGGCGGAGGCAGACGGCGGAGGAGCGGGAAGCCGAGCGGCAACAGGCGAGCCGGCUGAUGCUGCAACUUCAACACGACGCCUUCCAGAAGUCGCUCAACGAAUCGAUCCAGCCCGACCCGCUUUGUCUGCACAACUCCUCGCUCUUCGCGCUCCAGAACCUCCAGCCGUGGGAAGAGGAAGCCUCCAAGAUCCCCCCCGUCACUUCCUUGGUGUAAAGAGGGCCGUCCGGGCGGAGGGGCCCCUGGGAAGGAGAGGCCAAGCGGCCCGGCCUCCGCCUCUCCCCGCAUGAC